AUGUGCCGCCCGAGGGCUGCAGGAUGUGUUGCGGACCAACUUGGGUCCCAAGGACACCAUGAAAAUGCUGUGGUGGAUUCUGUUUUGGCAAUUAGGAGACCGAAUUACCCUAUCGAUCUCUUCAUGGUAGAAAUCAUGGAGAUGAAGCAUAAAUCGGAAACAGAUACAAAGGAGGUGAGCUCUGGUUUCUUUUAUAAGACUGCAGAAGAGAAAGAGAAAUUGGUAAAAGCUGAAAGAAAAUUUAUUGAAGACAGAGUACAAAAAAUAAUAGACUUGAAAGUCCGUGCUCAGUCCAAUAAAGGAUUUGUUGUCAUUAAUCAAAAGGGAAUUGAUCCAUUUUCCUUAGACGCUCUUGCAAAACAUGGCAUUUUAGCUCUUUGUAGAGCAAAAAGAAGAAACAUGGAAAGACUCUCUCUUGCUUGUGGUGGAGUGGCUGUGAAUUCUGUUGAAGACCUCAGUGUAGAUUGCUUGGGACAUGCUGGUCUUGUAUAUGAGUACACAUUAGGUGAGGAAAAAUACACUUUUAUUGAGGACUGCAUUAACCCUCGCUCUGUCACCUUGUUGGUUAAGGGACCAAAUAAGCAUACUCUCACACAAAUCAAGGAUGCUGUAAGGGAUGGACUUCAUGCCAUCAAAAAUGCCAUUGAAGAUGGUUCUUGCUCAGAAUUCUGGUUAUGACCUGCAGGAAACACUAGUAAAAGUUCAGGCUGAGCAUUCAGAUUCAAAACAACCAGUCGACAUAGAUCUGAAUACAGGUGAGCCAAUGGUAGCAACAGAUGCAGGAGUGUGGGAUAAUUAUUGUGUAAAAAACAAGUUCUUCACUCUUGCACUGUGACCGCCACCAACAUUCUCCUGGUUGAUGAAAUUAUGCGAGCUGAAGUAUCGUGCCUUGGACUUCUCUGGUGGCUCAGUGGUCAAGAAUCCGCCUGCCAAUGCAGAAGACACCCUCUUCCCUGGUCUGGGAAGCUCCCACAUGCCGCAGAGCAACUAAGCCCAUGCAGCACAGCUCUAGAGCCUGGAAAUCACAACUACUGCACCCACCCGCUGCAGCUACCAAAGCCUCCACGCCCUGGAACCUGUGCUCUGAAACAAGAGAAGCCACAGUAAUGAGAAGUCCGCACACUGCAACGGAGAGUAGCCCCCACUUGCCACAACUAGAGAAAAGCUCAAGUGGCAACAAAGACCCAGCG